CCCUCCCCCCUGCCAGGAGAACCACCCGGGCAGCAGACAGCUGAGCCAGUCCCUCUGCCUGAGCUCGUCGCGACAACACGCCUGAGACACGGCCUGCAGAGGCAUCGCCAUUAGCUCAGGUACUUGGCGAUUCGCACAGAACGUGGUGGUGUGAGGAGUUGGAUUUCGUCAACAAGCGCAGUUGUUGAGAAGAUAAUCUUCCCACUCUUCUUUGUGGACGUUUGCUCGGAGCAGAGAUAGCGGGAUCUGAACAAAUCAGCAGGCGAUUCAGCAGAUCCUGCUCUCGGCUCACCGGAGCAGCUCGAGCUGGCGGGCAGCAUGGCGCCCAACGUGACGUCACAGCCGGAGGCGCCGGCGCCCUGCGGCAACAACAACACCGGCGAGGAGGACAAGCGUCGCGACGCCGAGUGGACGCCCACCAUCAUCUGGCUGAACGUGGUCAGCAUCGCGGUGCUGCACCUGCUGGCGCUUGAGUCCCUCAUCUUCCUGCCGCUCCAAGUGUCGCCUUGGACCUUCCUCUGGGGUUUCUUCGUGGGCGGCGUGGGCGGGUUCGGCGUGACGGCCGGCGCGCACCGGCUGUGGACGCACCGCGCCUACAAGGCCAGGACGCCCCUGCGCGUGCUUCUGGCCGUGUGCUACUCCGUGGCCGGCCAGAACACCAUCUUCGACUGGGUGCGCGACCACCGGGUGCACCACAAGUUCAGCGAGACGGACGCGGAUCCGCACAACUCCAAGCGGGGCUUCUUCUUCGCGCACGUGGGCUGGCUCAUGGUGAAGAAACACCCGGAGGUGAUCCGCCGCGGACGGCAGAUCGACAUGACCGACAUCCUGGAGGACCCGGUCGUCGCCUUCCACACCAAGUACUUCACCGAGCUGAAGCUCCUGUUCUGCUUCAUCUUGCCGGCGGUAGUCCCUCCCUGCGUGUGGGGCGAGUCGUGGUACAACUCCGUCAUGGGUCUGUGCGUGGUGCGGUACGUGUCGGGGCUUAACUUCACGUGGCUGGUGAACAGCGCCGCUCACAUCUGGGGCACGCGGCCCUUCGACAAACGCAUCAGCCCGGCGGAGAACGCCGUCGUGGCGCUGGUCGCCAUGGGCGAGGGCUGGCACAACUACCACCACGUGUUCCCCUGGGACUACAAGGCGGCCGAGCUGGGCGGCUACGCCUUCAACCUGACCACCUUCUUCCUGGACGUGUUCGCCAAGGUCGGCUGGGCCUACGACCUGAAGAGCCCCUCGCGCGAGCUGGUGCGCCGGGUGGCGCAGGGCUACGGCGACGGCAGCCACCCGCGCUACGGCGACCUCGCGGGGGAGGUGCCCGAGGAGGAAGAGGACUACGACGCGAGGGGUCUGCGCCCCUCCAAGGAGCGCCUCAACGCAGACACGUGGCCCGUCAUCGGCGAUGCAGGCACUCCGGAGCUGCCCGAGCGCGACAAGCGCACCUGACGAGGCCCUUUCUCUCCUGAUCUUCAUCAUCUCCAGAGGUCGCAACGUCGAGACGGACAUUCGCGAACUGCUUCCUUCCUGUUUACAACGUAGAGACAGGAAAAAUUACGCGAAUUCAUUUCUCGAAAGGCUAAAAUACAAAUAGAUAUACCUCAGUGCUGCCUCUGCCAUUGGCUCGCAACUCGCCUGGACGACUCUUGGGCCAAUGGGAAAAACAACCGACCAAAGCUUCAUCGAAUCACAGGCUGCUACGUUGGGACGUCUCACAACUACAGCAGCCCAAAUGAGUGGGUGGCGUUUGACCGAGUGUGCGCAGAACUAUGGAGUCCAUCCUGCAGGUCAUUGAACCCGCGAAUUUUUUCCUGUCUCUAGUUACAAGUUAUUUAUUCGGCACAAUAUCUUCAGAUACAGUGUUCUAAAUACUGAGACAUUCGUGAAUAGCUUCUUUUUUUUCCUGUUACAAGUUAUUUAUUCGGCAAAAUAUCUUCAGUCACAGUCUUCUAUAUACUGAGACAUUCGUGAAUAGUUUUUUUUUCCUGUUACAAGUUAUUUAUUCGACACAAUAUCUUCAGAUACAGUCUUCUAAAUACUGAGACAUUCCUGAAUAGCUUCUUUUUUCCUGUUACAAGUUAUUUAUUCGGCACAAUAUCUGCAUAUACGGUCUUCUAUAUACACUAUAAAAAAAUUUGUACUUUUACAAGGGAAAUUCUUGGAAACCCUGUUGCCAAGAAUGUUUCUUGCAAAACUACAAGGCAGAGCCUUGAAAAAUCGCACAUGGUACAAAACUCUGCCUUGUAGUUUUACAAGUAAUAUCCUUGGCAACAGGGUUUCAAAGGAUUUUCCUUGUAAAAAUUACAAAAAUUUAUUUCAGUGUACUGAGACAUUCGUGAAUAGCCUUUUUUUUCCUGUUACAAGUUAUUUAUUCGGCACACUAUCUUCAGAUACAGUGUUCUAAGUACUGAGACAUUCGUGAAUAGAAAUUUUUUCUGUUUACAAGUUUAUAAUUUGACCCAUAACAGUUAGUGCCCUCAGGAUAGACACUUGAAUGUUUUUUUUGUUUUAAAUUUAUUUAUCUUCCAAACUUCCAACGAAGCCCAUCAAACCAGCCUGCUGUGACAUUCGUGCGAGAGAAAAAAAUUACUUUUGCUAACUUUCUAGAUGCGUGAGCUUUUACAGAAUAUGCUGCAAUUUUUUGGUUUACAAAUUGUCGCUGAUUCCCACCAGAUAUAAAUUUAUGUUUCCUCGCAUAUUUUGGGAGGAUGGUUAAGACACUUUUGAAACUUUUAUUAUUUUCAGUGGUGUUCAAAAUAUAUAUAAACUAAAUCAGUUUUUUGAAAUUCAUUAUAUAAUUUUAAUUAUUUUAAUUAUUAGAAUUGACUGUGAUGUUUUGCAAUCAACUUGGGUGUUCAUCUUAUUUAAAUAAUAUAUUUUACUUAUUCAAAUUGUAGAUGCACAGUAUCAAAAAGUUACUUUAGUUUUACUGACAUUGCAUAUAUGUAGUACUGUUUUCAGAAGAAAAAACAUGUAAUUGCUAGUUUAACAAUAAAUUUGAAUAUGUGUUAAUU